CAUCACAAUUAAAGUCACAGCAUAGUAACCAACCGAACCAAUCAUCAGCCAUGGCGCGAAGGCUCUCGCUGCUGGCCGUCGUGCUGGCGAUGGUGGCGGCCGUGUCGGCGAGCACGGCGGCGGCGCAGAGCUGCGGGUGCGCGUCGGACCAGUGCUGCAGCAAGUGGGGGUUCUGCGGCACCGGCAGCGACUACUGCGGCACGGGGUGCCAGGCGGGCCCCUGCGACGUGCCGGCCACCAACGACGUGUCCGUGGCGAGCAUCGUCACGCCGGAGUUCUUCGCGGCGCUCGUCGCCCAGGCCGACGACGGCUGCGCCGCCAAGGGCUUCUACACCCGCGACGCCUUCCUCACCGCCGCCGGUGGCUACCCUUCCUUCGGCCGCACCGGCUCCGUCGACGACUCCAAGCGCGAGAUCGCCGCCUUCUUCGCCCACGCCAACCACGAGACCAUAAAGUUCUGCUACAUCGAGGAGAUCGACGGACCGAGCAAGAACUACUGCGACGAGACGAGCACGCAGUGGCCGUGCAUGGCGGGGAAGGGGUACUACGGGCGCGGGCCGCUGCAGAUCUCGUGGAACUUCAACUACGGGCCGGCGGGGCAGAGCAUCGGGUUCGACGGGCUGGGCGACCCGGACGCGGUGGCGAGGAGCCCCGUGCUGGCGUUCCAGACGGCGCUCUGGUACUGGACCAACAACGUGCACGACGCCUUCGUCUCCGGCCAGGGGUUCGGCGCCACCAUCCGCGCCAUCAACGGCGCGCUCGAGUGCGACGGCAAGAACCCCACCGCCGUCAGCAACCGCGUCGCCUACUACCAGCAGUUCUGCCAGCAGUUCGGCGUCGACCCCGGCAGCAACCUCACCUGCUAAUUACAGGGAUUGACAUAUGCUAUGUAUGUGAUUUUGUACGAAUAAUAAUUGUCAUAAGUAAUCAAAUAAAAUCGUAUUGCAUUACGUCAACGUUGUUUGCGGCAUAGGAGUAUAUAUAUUUCCGUGGACAGAUUUUCUUUGUCGUCUCAGUCAAAUUUUGUGGCUCCUGAAUAUUUUCACGUGA